CCCUUCCAACCACCCUUUCAACAACCUUCUCUUCCUAUUAGCCUUUAUAUAACUUCCACAAACCCCUUCUUUCCUUAACGCCACAUACAUAUAUUUAUAUAUAUAUGUAUGUAUAUAUCCAUACAACACAACAACAUUUCUCAAAUAUUCUCAGCAUAAAAAACCCCUCCCACCAAUGCCACCACUCACGGAGAACCCCGGCCUCGUGUCACUCCUCCGGCAUUCGGCCGCCGACGCCGGCGGGCACUGCCGGCCGUCCAAAUUCGGCAGCGGCGGCAAAAGCGGCGGCGGCAGCGGCGGCGGCGGGGGUGGGAUCUUCCGGAUGUUCAAGCUGCUGCCCAUGCUGUCCUCCGGGUGCAAAAUGGUGGCGCUGCUCGGCCGGCAGAACAAGGCGCUGCUGGGCGACUGCGCAAUGACGGUCACCCUCUUCGGCCACCGGCGCGGGCGCGUGAGCCUGGCGAUCCAGGAGGACACGCGGGCGCCGCCGGCCUUCCUGAUCGAGCUCCCGAUGCUGACGGCGGCGCUGCACAGGGAGAUGGCGUCCGGGGUGGUCAAGCUGGCGCUGGAGAGCGACACGCGCACGCACCGGAAGAAGCUCGCGGAGGAGUACGUCUGGGCCGUCUACUGCAACGGCCGGAAGGCCGGGUACGCCAUUCGCAGGAAGCAGCCGUCCGACGACGAGCGCCACGUCAUGCAGCUGCUCCGCGGCGUGUCGAUGGGCGCCGGCGUCCUGCCGGGCCCUCCUGGCGAGAAGGACGGAUCCGCGACCGCGGCCGAAGGCGACAUGACGUACAUGCGGGCUCGGUUCGAGAGGGUCGUCGGGUCGAAGGACUCCGAAGCGCUGUACAUGAUCAAUCCCGACGGCAACGGCAACGGCGGACCAGAGCUGAGUAUCUUUCUUGUGAGAGUGAAGUGAUGAGAUUUUUUUUUUUUUUUUUUUUGUAAAUAGGGAAGUAUUGGUUGCACUCAGAGCAUCCGUAUAUAUCGAAGCGCUGCAAUUAAUCUAUGAAGCGCGCAUCUCAUCUCGUAUUUUAUUUAAUAUAUACGGUAAUACUUUUCUUAAUCUAAAUUUUUUGAUACGUGGUGAGAUGAAUGAUUGAUAGAUUAUUACAGUGUAUAGAGUAUAUGGAUGCACCCACUGCAUGUGAUAAUUUCUCCAUUGAAAAUUUGUAAUUUGCAUGGUUGGGGGUUAGAUCGUUAGUGUAUGCAUAGCUUCAAAACGUACAACUGGGGGGAUUCACUUGGUAGUGAAUAAAUUUACUGAAUUGAGGGACGAGGGAUCGACGAGAUGUGUACCGUAGUGUAAAUGCAUGCACGUUCCAUAUAUAAUAGGAUAAGUUUGGCUUUUUUUUCUCUU